AUGUGGAUGGUGGGUUACAAUGAAGGUGGUGAGUUCAACAUGGUUGAUCACUCAUUCAAUGGAAGGAAACUCAUGCCUGUCAUGCUGACUUCUCUUAACAAUGCUUCAACAACAACAACAACUCCUUGCUUAACCCGUAUUCAUGGCAAUGAUUUCUUUUCACAAUAUCACUAUCAUCAUCUGGCAACGGUGGCAGAACAAAAAAAGAGAGAGGAGUUGAAUGGUGCAUCACCAGUUGUGGUGAGUUCAAGGUGGAAUCCUACUCCAGAGCAACUAAGAGCCCUUGAAGAGUUGUAUAGAAGAGGGACAAGGACACCAUCUGCAGAGCAAAUCCAACACAUCACUGCACAGCUUAGAAGGUUUGGUAAAAUUGAAGGGAAGAAUGUUUUCUAUUGGUUUCAGAAUCACAAAGCCAGGGAAAGGCAAAAGCGCCGCCGUCAGAUGGAAUCGGAUGCUGAAACUCCAGAGAAGAAAGAUUUAUCUGCAAGCAGGACAGUGUUUGAAGUUGAACGGACCAAGAACUGGGCAUCCUCUACAAAUAGCAGUACUCUUGCAGAGGAAUCUGUUUCAAUACAAAGGGCAGCAGCAAAAACAGUAACUGCAACAGAUGGAUGGCUCCAAUUCGAUGAAGGGGAAUUACAACAAAGAAGAAACAUUUUGGAAAGAAAUGCAACGUGGCAUGUGAUGCAGUUACCUUGUCCUUCUCCUGCACCUGCCACCUACCUCAUAAACACCCCUCCUAAUGCCACUGCAUCUUGUAGUAUGGCCACUACUACAACCACCGUAACCACAACAACAACAAUGGACCCAAAGCUCAUUAAGACACAUGAUCUCAGCUUUUUUAUUUCACCACAGAGAGAAAAAGGUAUUAUUUACUUAAGCAGUAGCAGUAGUAGUGAAGAUGAUAACUGUGUGGAAUCUCAAACAACCCUUCAACUUUUCCCUCUAAGGACUGGUGAUGGCAUCAGUGACAACAUUAACGAUGUAGAGACAGAUAUAUCAGCUUCAGCAAUGAAUGCCAACUUGACCCCAAGCCAGUUUUUUGAGUUCCUUCCAUUGAAGAACUAAUUAAUAUCAGAAACACAUGCUAUAUAUAUAUAUAUGUUUGUAAAGUGAUGGGAGCUGUGUAUUUUGAUAAUGCAGUUAUUUUGUUAGAAAAUGGCACUGCUUUUAUUGUUAGUGAUGUUAUAUUUCAACGAAU